AUUGAACGUGAUUUUUGCUAGAAUUUUAUCUGUCCAAUAAUAAAAAAUCUUUUGCUCUAAAUUUUCAUGCUACUGCUUCUCUUCAUUUAAAUAAUAGAAAACGAGAUGGGCAGUACCGCAUUUGAAUACCCUAAAAUAUUUGACUUUCCUCCUUUUUUCACUCGACAAAUAACAGAUGCUACUUGGAAGAGCCAAGUAUCUCAAUGGGAAGCUUUAAUAUUACAGUACACACGUCAAAAACAUAUAUUUCGACUUAAUCUUCAUCAAGCAACUACACCAGGAGAAAUAGAGAUAUUUGAAAAUAAAAAAAUCAAUAGACGAUUAUCAUUUGAAACGUUAAAAGACAUUAUAGAAGAGAUGGUUAAGAAUGGCAAUGCUGAAUGGGAAGGUGGCUCAAAAGGACAAAAGAAUGAAGUAUUAAUUUACUGGCAUACACCUGAAGAAUGGGCAAAUUUAAUCUGGAAUUGGAUAAAUGAAACAGGCCAAAAUAAUCAAAUCAUGACAUUUUAUGAAAUUACUAAUGGUGAAUUAGCAGAAGGACAAGAAUUUUUUGAACUAGAUAAAACCAUCUUAAACAAGGCAUUACAUAUUUUAGUCAAAAGAGAUAAUGCGCAAAUAUUUAAAGGAACUGAUGAAGACAGUAUGGGUAUCAAGUUUUUUGGUCCGUAAUAAAGAUUUAAUAUUGUUACGUAUAUAUUAUCUAUGUCACUUUUCUUUCUUUUUUUUUUUUUUUAUAAUGGACGAGUUUCUUUUUUAAGCCAGGCAAUAGCAUCAGGGUCAGAAGCAAUU